GGAAUCGAUUAUAGUUCCAUUCAGAAAUAUGCCGCUUAUUAAACCGUUCCGCAAUCACAAUGAACUAACACCAUUCACUCGGUGCCGGAUAACGAAUAUAAUGCCGGCAGCAAAAAAAAAACAGUGCCAGCGGUGUGAUAAACGCGAGAAAUUUCCGAUGCUAACCAAUAACUGCAAAAAUUGUUUUAUCGGUCCGUAGGACAUAUCUGCUGUGCGCAUUCCGCUUGGCCGGCGUCUGUCAGGCGCCCCUAGUAUCAACUUUCACCGAUCGAAAGAAAGAGCCAGCAAAUCCGGUACUCUCUGGUACUCGCGACCUUCGCGCAUCUCGCGCAAUUUCCUCGCUAGUGAGCUAACUGAGGCACCAUGAUUUCAGCAUCCGCACGAUCAAUGCAAAACACGCGGCCAGCCCAUGGUUCUGGUCAAUUUGCAACGCCUUAUGAAACCGAUUGGCAAAUAAUGAAUGAACCUCAUGCUCAAUCGAAGUGGGAAACACUUUCUUAUCAAUAUUGACAUAAACACAUAUACUGUCCAUAAUCGCGUAGUUGUCCCACGAUCCGUGGAAGCCCUCGCUCAAUUGGAUGGGACCUAUUUGCAGAAGGCAACCCUUCGAAAACUGAUCGAAGAAAUAAUGUUUUGAUUUGUUUUCGAAGCAGAGAACAGCUGAUCAAAUUGUUCUCAUGUCAUUUCCGUUUUUUUUUUCUUUCUUCGCAGCGAUAUUUGCAGAAAUGGGAACAUUUACUGAUAACAGUAAAUCGACAAUGUUGCGUAACAUUGUGCUGGCACUAUUUUCGCAAUUCACAAACGAGCAGCUCAAGGGCAGUAUUACAUAAAAGGUAUUGAUUUCAACGCAUUGCUGCGCCGAUUCGUAGGUCAACCUUCAAAGCACACCCCGAAAUAGGAACCGGUCUCAUCCAACGGGAGAGGGUCCCAAUAGGAAAAUUUUACAGGUAUAAAAGCAUAUGGCAGUUCUAUUUCAACAAUAUACAACUUCUACAAUUCAGUUUGUAAACAUCUACAGGGCAACCAACCGAUCAGCAACCAUGAAGUUCACAAUCGUGCUCGCCGUAGUGGUCAUCUGUGCCAAUUUCGUAGCCAGCGAACCGACACUGAUUACCGCGACACUGGCCAAAAAAUUCCUGUUCCACAAGUGGAUUGCCGGAAAGAAGCUACCCGCCAUUGAACUGCCGAAAAUUCCACUCCCGAAAUUGCCCAGCAUCUCGCUGCCGUACCCACUUUCAGCCAUCUGGCCAGCUCCGGUCGUGAAACCCGUUCCCGUUCAUCCUGGACCACCCGUUGUUUACUAUGCCCUGCCCUCCGAAGAAUACGUAGAGGUUCAUCCGAUCCCGGAGGGAGAACUUGACGUGUCGAACCACGUUCAGCAUCUGGAAGAUGAAAGUGCUGCCGCGGCCAAUGCCGAAGCCGGUGCCGUUGAUCUGCGCAGCGGUCCGUACUACAUUGCCGAGACUCCAGCCGUCCGACACGUGGCACCACUACCGGAAGGAUACCAGCACUCGGUGGUGGCCCAGAAUCUGCAGCCAUUGCCGGUGGCGUAAGAGUGAUCCCAUAGCGGAACUAGAUUUAGAUUAGGAAAAAUGAUGGUGUUAAAUGAAUUAUUAUUAAAAGUA